GGAAACCUCUGCGGGUCUGUAAAAGGCGUCGGGCCCACGUUCGUCGGAUACUCGCUCCGGGGCAUGUUCAAGGACGGUCUCUACGAGGUCUUCAAGGGCGCAUCCGUGAACCUGGCCGGCGAGGAGGCGUCGAGCAAGUAUAAGGGUGCGAUCUGGCUGGCCGGUUCCGCGUCGGCCGAGUCCUUCGCCGACAUCGCGCUCUGCCCGCUGGAGAUGACGAAGGUCAGGACCCAGACGAGCCCUUUGGGCACGUCGCCCACCCCGAUGUGA